AUGGAGGCUGACGCGGGGCCGGAGCGCCGGCCUGCAGAGCGCCGCGACCCGGGGUCGGCGCCGUGCCCGGAUCCCGAGGAGGGCGCGCGGGCCCGGGCCGAGUUCUGUGCGCUGCACGGCCCGGCGCUGCGCGCGUCGGGGGUGCCCGAGCGGUACUGGGGCCGCCUCCUGCACAAGCUGGAACACGAGGUGUUUGACGCUGGGGAGAUGUUCGGAAUAAUGCAAGUAGAAGAAGCGGAGGAGGACAGUGAGGAUGAGGCGACUCGGGGAGCGCGUGAGAAGAAGCCCAACCCUGGCAGCGAGCUCUGCUACAAGGUCAUCGUGACCAAUGAGAAUGGGCUCCGAGCAGCCGACCCCAACAGCAUCUACCUCGUCGACCACGCCUGGACGUGCCGGGUGGAGCAUGCCCGCCAACAGCUGUGGCAGGUGCCGGGGCUGCUGCACCGCAUGGCCAACCUCAUGGGCAUCGAGUUCCACGGCGAGCUGCCCAGUGCUGAGGCCGUGGACCUGGUGCUGGAGGAGAUGUGGAAGUUCAACCAGACCUACCAGCUGGCCCAUGGGACAGCCGAGGAGAAGGUGCCAGUGUGGUAUGUCAUGGAUGAGUUUGGCUCGCGCAUCCAGCACGCGGACGUACCCAGCUUUGCCACUGCACCCUUCUUCUACAUGCCCCAGCACGUGGCCUACACGCUGCUGUGGCCCCUGAGGGACCUGGAUACAGGUGAGGAGGUGACCCGGGACUUUGCCUAUGGAGAAGCAGACCCUCUGAUCCGGAAGUGCAGGCUGCUGCCCUGGGCCCCUGCCGACAUGUUGGACCUGAGCUCCUCCACCCCCGAGCCACCCAGUGAGCACUACCAGGCCAUUUUGGAGGAAAACAAGGAGAAGCUGCCACUUGCCAUCGACCCAGUGGUGUACCCCAGCGACCACAUCUUCAAGGUCUACACGGACAUCCAGCAGGUGCUCAGCCACCUCACCCACCCGCGCUUCACCUUCACCCAGAACGAAGCGGACGCCGACAUCCUCUAUAACUUCUCUCACUUCAAGGACUACAGGAAGCUCAGCCAGGAACGGCCCCAAGUGCUACUGAACCAGUUCCCCUGCGAGAGCCUUCUGACAGUGAAGGACUGCCUGGCCUCCAUCGCACGCCGGGCGGGGGGUCCUGAGGGCCCGGCCUGGCUGCCCCGAACCUUCAACCUGCGCACCGAGCUGCCCCAGUUCAUCAGCUACUUCCAGCAGCGUGAGAGGCGGGGCGAGGACAACCACUGGAUCUGCAAGCCCUGGAACCUGGCCCGCAGCCUGGACACCCACAUCACCAGGAGCCUGCACAGCAUUGUCCGGCACCGCGAGAGCACCCCCAAGGUUGUGUCCAAAUACAUUGAAAGUCCUGUCUUGUUCCUUCGUGAAGAUGUGGGGAGUGUCAAGUUCGACAUCCGCUAUAUCGUGCUUCUGCGGUCUGUGAAGCCCCUGAGGGUGUUCACAUAUGACGUGUUCUGGCUGCGGUUCUCCAACCGCCCCUUUGCGCUCAAUGACCUGGAUGACUAUGAGAAACAUUUCACCGUCAUGAACUAUGACCCGGAAGUGGUACUGAAGCAGGUGCACUACGAUGAGUUCAUCCCCGAGUUCGAGAAUCAACACCCACAAUUUCCAUGGAGGAGCGUCCAGGCCGAAAUCUUCCGGGCCUUCACAGAGCUAUUCCAGGCGGCGUGUGCCAAGCCGCCACCCAUGGGCCUCUGCGACUAUCCCUCAUCUCGAGCCAUGUAUGCCAUCGACCUCAUGCUGAAGUGGGACAAUGGUCCAGAUGGGAAGCGAGUGAUGCAGCCACAGAUCCUUGAGGUGAACUUCAACCCGGACUGUGAGCGAGCCUGCAGGUACCACCCGACCUUCUUCAAUGACGUCUUCAGCACCCUGUACCUGGACGAGCCCAGCAACUGCCAUGUCACCCGCCUCAUCUAGGCGCUCGCCAGCCCCCCCACUUGUGCGCUCGGGUGGAUUCCAGCCUUAGCCUCUGUGGACUUCCCCCCUGCCCCCAACCCCCUCUGGGCACAGCCUGGCCUGUGAGCCACUGCCCAGCUCAGGGUCCUCCUCCCCUUGUAGGUCGGGAGCCCCAGUGCCCCCAGGCCUGAGUGCCAGGCCCCAUCCAUACUUUGCUCACCACCAUCCGCACAGUGAUUGGUCUCAGCUCAGCUAAGGGCUUUAUUCCAGAGAGUCUGGUUCUUGGGCUGCCAUGCUUCCCAGGGUGUUAGCCAAAGAAGGGCUCUGGGGAGCCUGGCGAGGUAACCUCAGAAGCAGGGUUCUCUGGGCAUGGCUGUGGGAGCCCAACAUCGACACGGCCAGGCUGGCUUUUCCUGCGCUUCCGUGAGGGCACUGUGGCUCCUCAGUGUCAGGCCACACUCCACCCCGGGGCCCUGAGUGACAGGCGCCCCCAGAACACCCUGGGGAACCAGCUACCAGACCCAGCCUUCUUGCCCAACAAGCUUGACCAGACCCUUCACCAGCACCCUUCCAGGAAGCUCCAGGCAGGAAGGCCACAGUGGUUGCUGUGGCUUUUCCACUUGGGAAGGACAGGCCAUCCUGGGGCCCAGCGGCCCCCCUGUCACCGGCACUGCAGUGGCUCCCCUCAUCUGAGGUUGGCUGGGACACUCUGGCUUGGGAGCUCAGGGACAAGUGUGGGCAGCAGAGUACCAGGCGGCAGACGCUGAGAAAGAUGAUUCCAGAAGAACAUUAUACCGGAUGGCAUCAUCCACUGGAGUCUAGCGUCCAAGUGUUGGAUUUUUUGUUAUUGUUUCAUUCGUGGGAGAAAAAUAUAAAGUUCUCUUAAUUUUGUUUGAAA